GAAAACAAAAAAUUUGGACAUUGAGGAUUGGGCAUCAUAUCAUGUUCAUAUUCCUCUUCCAUCCUUUCUCUUUGUUCAAAAUCAACCAAAUUAGUUACUAUAAAUCAUCCAUCCUCUAUUCUCUUCCCUUUAUUUGUUUCAUAAAUAUCAAAUGACACAUUCUCUAUCUCUAACAUCUGCCGCCCUAAUCCAAUACAACAUCAGUCCAAAAAUUGUCCCUUUACCAAGAUCAAAUAAGCCAUCUAGAUCAUUAUUCAAAAUUCAAGCUGUAAAAGACAAUGGAGGAGUAGGUCCUCGGAGAUUAAUUGACAUUAUUCGUAUCGUACCAGACAUUUCAAGAAAUUAUUUUAAAAGCCCUUCACGAAGGGCACUAUUUGGAGGUAUAUCGUUACUGGGUGGAUUUUAUGUGGCGCAGACAAUUUCAUUAUCUUUUGGAGCUUUAGGAGUGAACGAUGUUAUUGCUGCCGUUGUCUGCGUGUUAAUUACUGAGUACGUGACUCGAUUCUAUUAUAGUCGGCCUAAGGUGACUUUUCCUAUUGCUCUUUUGAAUAACUUCAAGAUGGGCUUUACCUAUGGUUUGUUUAUCGAUGCCUUCAAACUUGCUAGCUGAAUUAGUUGCCCGCAGUAUGUAAUGUAGUUUGCUUAUUGCUUAUAAUGAGUAACUUUAUUAUGAGCUUAUGAUAGAAUCGCGGAUGUUUUUGUAAGUGAUAUACAAGUCAUAGAAAUAACAAAGUUAUUAUUAUUGCUCA